AUGCAUAAAAAGUGUGGCUUUGACAAUUUAACUUACACAAGAACCCCAUUACCAGAUGCAGGCAUCCUAGGUAUUAAGGCCGCGUGCCCGGCGCCUCUAGUGCGAGGGCUGUUUUCGCUUCGGACACGAGCCACGUCUUCCUGGGGUGUCGGGGCCUCUGCCACCGUCGCGCGGGCUGUGCUUGGAGUCGGGCGCUCUGCCGGUGCAGGACGUGAGGCGGGACCUCCUCUCUGCUCGGCGGCUCUUGCCCCGCUGCCCGGGGAGGGGUCUGUCCGCGGCCGCGGCGGCUGCAGGCCUGAGGGUGGGCUCAGGCGGGCCCCGCUCCCCUUCGGCGCGCCCCCUGCCCCGGAGCCGGGCCCGCCGCGGCCGGUGAGGCUCCCGCGCUCGCGGAGGGCUGAGGGGCCGCGGCGCUGCUCGGAGGCGGCCCGAGGCUGCGUCCUCCCCCCGCACCCCGCACCCCGCACCCCGGUCCGGGGCCAGGCUGGGCCGUGGAGCGGCUGGGCCCGGGGCGUCCCUGGGCUGCGGCUGCCGGGUCCGCGCCUGCCCGCCGGAGUGCGCGCUGCUGCGCCGCCCGGGCGCCCGGCUGGCUGGCGGCGGGGAGGCGGCGGCUGGCGGCGGGAAGCUCCCUCGGCCCCGGUGUGCGCGGGCCCGCCCUGUGGAGCGGAGUCAGGCGUCCCCGCGCCUCCGUCCGUGCCUGCGGUUCCCCCAGCAGCCGAGGGGCCUGUCUCCUCUGCGGAGGACCCCCGCCUGGGCCUUGCCCCGCUCGCCCCCCCGGGCCCCGGGCCCCGGGCCCCGGUGCGAAGCUUCUCCGCAUACCUCGCCCUCCGGGGCGGAGGUGCCGACCCUACGCCUGCCCUCGGUCCCGCUCCGCUCUGUGGACGUCCUCCCUGCAGCUCUGGUUGUACGCGAGCUCCUCUUCCGGUUUCCAGGUGGUUUUCCGUGAGAGUCGCUCCCCAGCCAUACCUUCAGAGUAUCAGUUUCCUUUCUGUUAUAAGGUGUCUGGAAAUGAAGUAUGGAAAAGAAACAAUGAGGAAAGAUCCAGUUUUCAGAAUCUCUCCAAGAAGAAGCGAAAAUUAUCCAAAUCCAGAAGAGCCAGAAGAAGAAGAUGAAGAUGUGCAAACUGAACGAGUGAAAACUAAACCAGUAAUAAUGGCAAGCUGUUUACACAAGGAAUAUAAAGAGAAAAAGAAAAGUUGCUUUUCAACAAGAAAGAAGAAAAGAGCCGUUUGGAAUGUUUCCUUCUGUGUUGACAAAGGUGAAGCGUUGGGCUUGCUGGCACACAGUGGAGCUGGGAAAAGUACAUCUAUUGAAAUGAUAACUGGAGACACAAAGCCAACCGCGGGAGUGGUGGUUUUCAAUGGCAGCAGAACACCUCGGAAGCAACAGGAAGAUGAUGUCGUCAGGUGUUCGGGGUGCUGUCCCCAGGAGAACUCCUUGUGGCCCCACCUUACGGUCAAAGAACACCGGGAGUUGUAUUCGGCAGUGAAAGGACUGGGAGAGGAUGCUGCUCUUAGCAUUUCAAGGUUGGUGGACGCACUGAAGCGGCAGGGCUAGCUGAAGCUCCCCACGCGGUUCCUCUCGUUGCAGCUGCGCUUCGCGCUGAGCGUCCUGGGGAGCCCAGCGGUGGUGCUUCAGGACGAGCCAUCCACAGGGAAGGACCCCGAGGGGCCGCUGCACGUGUGGCUGGUGAUUCAGGCCAUUGUUAAAAACACCGAGAGGGGGACGCUCCUGACCACCCACUACACGGCCGAGGCCGCGGCCGUGUGGGACUGCGUGGCCGUCAUGGUAUCCGGAGGGCUGAGGUGCAUUGGUUCCAUUCAACAUCUGAAAAGCAAGUUUGGUAAAGAUUAUUUACUAGAAGUAAAAGUAAAGGAACUCACCCAGGUGGGGCCUCUCCACACAGAGAUUCUGAAGCUUUUUCCACAGGCUGCUCGGCAGGAAAGGAGAGGGAUGUAUUCCUCCGUGAUGGCAUAUAAAUUACCUGUGGAGAAUGUUCACCCUCUAUCUCAGGCCUUUUCCAAAUUAGAGGCAGUGAAACGGACCUUUGACCUGGAAGAAUACAGCCUCUCUUAGGCUACUUUGGAACAGGUGUUCUUAGAACUCUCCAAAGAGCAAUAGCUGGGAAGUUUUGAUGAUGAAGUUGACAAAAGAGUUAGAUGGAAACUCCUCCUGCAGGAAGAGCCUUAAGACCCUGAAUCUCCUAAUACUAGAUUUUAGGUCUUACUACAUUCUUAGUUCCCAUAAUUCUAGAAAAAUCUUUCGUUAUUACUGCAAUGAACAAAACAUUCAGUAGUUUAAACAUCCCAUAGUGAUUAAGGUUUUAAGUGGUUUUUUAAAUUUUAGAAUGGAGGGAAGAGGCAAAGAUAGGAAAAGGUAGCAGACAAA